UCCCCCGUGGCCGCGGGAGCGGCGGUGGCGGCGGCGCGGCCCCGUGGCCCGGCCCGGCCCGCAGCAUGGCCAAGCACCACCGCACGCCGGCGCGCUCCGCCGAGCCCGUCAUCGAGGUCAAGAGCAAGUUUGACGCCGAAUUUCGCCGCUUUGCCAUGAAGCGCUCCAGUGCAGGCAGCUUCCAGGACUUCUACCGCCUGCUGCAGACGGUGCACCAGAUCCCACGGGUGGACAUGCUCCUGGGCUACACGGAUGUCCAUGGUGACCUCCUGCCCAUCAACAACGAUGACAACUACCACAAAGCCCUGUCCUCCGCCAACCCCCUCCUCAGGGUCAUCAUCCAGAAGGCAGAGUCUGAUGCCGGUGUCUUUGCCUCAAACUCCUUGCAGCGGAAGAAGAAGGGGCUGCUGCGCCCCGCGCACUACCGCACCAAGCCUCACCUCCUCAUUGGCAUGCCCCAGGACUUCCGCCAGAUCUCCUCCAUCAUCGAUGUGGACAUCCUGCCCGAGACCCACCGCCGUGUGCGGCUCCACAAGCACGGCUCUGACAAGCCGCUGGGCUUCUACAUCCGCGAUGGCAUCAGCGUGCGCGUGGCCCCGCAGGGAGUUGAGAAGGUGCCCGGCAUCUUCAUCUCCCGCCUGGUGAAGGGCGGCUUGGCCGAGAGCACGGGUCUGCUGGCGGUGAGCGACGAGAUCUUGGAGGUCAAUGGCAUCGACGUGGCCGGCAAGUCCCUGGACCAGGUGACAGACAUGAUGGUGGCCAAUAGCCACAACCUCAUCAUCACCGUCAAGCCGGCCAACCAGCGCAACAAUGUCAUCCGCAGCAGCAAGGCCUCGGGCAGCUCAGGCAUGUCUACGGACAGCACCCCCAGCCAGCAGACCCCCAGCCCAGCCUCGCAGUACCUGAGCAACUACAGCACGGCUGAGAGUGAUGAGGAGGGCGACCUGGUCAUCGAGAGCGACAGCGCGCCCCACUACAUCCCUGGGGGCUGCCCCAACGGGGGCCCCGCGGAUGGACCCCUCCAGCGGAGCCUGUCCCCGCACAGCUCGCGGGGCUCCCUGCAGUCCCUCGGCAGCCACAAUGGCAGCCCCGGCCGGGGCAGUGGGCGGGAGGACGGCACCCUCGUCACCCUAUAGCCACAGGGUCCCGUGCCACCCUUGGCGGCCAGCCGGGUUUCUGUGCAGCCAGGCUGGUCAUGGGCACCGGGGCAAUGACAGGGCCGGUGGGCAGGGGUGGAGCGGGGCUGCCCGCUGCCUUCUCCCGCCACCCGCAUCCCCGGGAGCCCCGCUGCGGCACCUGCUCCCGCCAGGCACUGCCCCUCUGAGCCCCCCUGCCUCCCUCCCCUUCCUUCCAAACAAGUGGGUUUUUUUAAUAUGUUUUAUCAAAAUAUGCAUCAUCAAUUAAUAUAUUGCAACGGACAGUAAAACCUUUUCUAGAAAGCA